CAGUGUCGGGAUUUCGCUGCCUCGGCGCUGCCGCUAAGGUUCGUGUCGCUCCCCCUUGGCCCCUCGGCUCUCGCUGCCUUAGCCCCGCCGGCCCUGCGCGCUCUUUCUGGCCCGUUGACCCCGCUCCCUUCCUGCUGCCCAUCAGGUUCCCAGACCAUGGAUCCCGGCAGCAGCAGCAGCGACUCGGCACCCGACUGCUGGGACCAGGUGGACAUGGAAAUCCCGGGUCCGGCCCCGAGCGGGGACCGAGCCUCCUCGGCGGUGGCCGCGGCCCCGGCCCCGCGCGAGCACCUCAGCGCAGCCUUCAGCCGACAGCUCAACGUCAACGCCAAACCCUUCGUGCCUAACGUACACGCCGCGGAGUUCGUGCCGUCCUUCCUGCGGGGCCCGGCCCAGCCGCAGACCCCCCCGACCGACACCGCCGGCAUGGGUGAGACCUGCACCCGCGCGGGACACGCUCAAGGUAAAAGGCUUUUACGGGGGGCACCUGUGGAACAUGCCCAGAAGGAGCAGUUAGUGUUGCGUGCAGGUUCCAAUUCAGCGGUUACCAUGGAACUUUCAGAACCUGUUGUAGAAAAUGGAGAGGUGGAGAUGGUCCUGGAAGAGUCAUGGGAGCACAAUAACGAAGUAAGUGAAAACGAACCCGGGGGUAGCUCCUUAGGAGAUUCGGGGCCCCCAGAAGAAAGUGGCCAGGAAAUGAUGGAGAAGGAGGAAAUGAAAAAACACAAGUCUGUGGCCGUAUCCGUAGGUGCUCCUAAGAAAGAACACGUAAAUGUGGUAUUCAUUGGGCAUGUAGACGCCGGCAAGUCCACCAUUGGGGGACAAAUCAUGUUUCUGACAGGGAUGGUUGACAAAAGGACUCUUGAGAAAUAUGAAAGAGAAGCUAAAGAAAAAAACAGAGAAACUUGGUAUCUGUCCUGGGCUUUAGAUACAAAUCAGGAAGAACGAGACAAGGGGAAAACAGUAGAAGUGGGUCGUGCCUAUUUUGAAACUGAAAAGAAGCAUUUCACAAUUUUAGAUGCUCCCGGUCACAAGAGUUUUGUCCCAAAUAUGAUUGGUGGUGCUUCUCAAGCUGAUCUGGCUGUACUGGUAAUUUCUGCCAGGAAAGGAGAGUUUGAAACUGGAUUUGAAAAAGGUGGACAGACCAGAGAACAUGCGAUGCUGGCAAAAACAGCAGGGGUAAAGCAUUUAAUUGUGCUUAUUAAUAAGAUGGAUGACCCCACAGUCAGUUGGAGCAGCGAGAGAUACGAAGAAUGUAAGGAGAAACUGGUGCCCUUUUUGAAAAAAGUUGGCUUCAGUCCCAAAAAGGACAUUCACUUCAUGCCGUGCUCCGGGCUGACCGGGGCAAAUAUUAAAGAGCAGUCAGAAUUUUGCCCUUGGUACACUGGACUGCCGUUUAUUCCGUAUUUGGAUAACUUGCCAAACUUCAACAGAUCGAUUGGUGGACCAAUUAGACUGCCAAUCGUGGAUAAGUACAAGGAUAUGGGCACCGUAGUCCUGGGAAAGCUGGAAUCGGGGUCCAUUUGUAAAGGGCAGCAGCUUGUGAUGAUGCCAAACAAGCACAGUGUGGAGGUUCUUGGAAUCCUUUCUGAUGAUGCUGAAACUGACUGUGUUGCCCCAGGCGAGAACCUUAAAAUCAGACUGAAAGGAAUUGAAGAAGAGGAGAUUCUUCCAGGAUUCAUACUUUGUGACCCGAGUAAUCUGUGCCAUUCUGGACGUACAUUUGAUGUGCAGAUAGUGAUCAUUGAGCACAAGUCCAUCAUCUGCCCAGGUUAUAAUGCGGUGCUGCACAUUCAUACCUGUAUUGAGGAAGUUGAGAUAACAGCCUUAAUCUCCUUGGUAGACAAAAAAUCUGGAGAAAAAAGUAAGAUCCGACCCCGCUUUGUGAAGCAAGAUCAAGUGUGCAUUGCCCGUUUAAGGACUGCAGGAACUAUCUGCCUGGAGACAUUCAAAGAUUUUCCUCAAAUGGGUCGUUUUACUUUAAGAGAUGAGGGUAAGACCAUCGCAAUUGGAAAAGUUCUGAAACUAGUCCCAGAGAAGGACUAAGUGUUUUUCUUGAUGUUACUGCACAAUACUGUGAGAAUUGGCCACAAUAAAAGUUCAUCUUCUCUGAUUUAGUGCCCAUUGACUUUUCCAUCUUUUGCAAACAAAUUUAAUAGCAAAAAUCUGUUUUGUCAGCUUUUCUCAUGUUGAGAUCUCAGUUAUGUCACUGUUCAAUUGCCCUUACAAGUUCCCUCUUCCUAUGCCAUUCUGCUUCUGUGGACAGACCCAGUGAUAGCUUUGUAAGUGAUGUGGAUGUAAUUGGUACAACAAUGAAAAAUUAAUAUAUUUUUUAAUUUUUCAUGUUCCUUAGGAUAUUUAGACAACCCUGUUCACGCAGACCAAACUGAGUGUG